CAACCUGUACUAUUAGACAUAAAACAUGGCCUCUGUAUUUUUGGGAGUCUAUGUCGCUCUGUACGACUAUCAGGCUCAGAACGAUGAGGAGCUUUCCAUACAGGAGAAUGAUCUUCUUUAUCUUCUCGAAAAAUCCGAUAUAGAUGACUGGUGGAAAGUGAAAAAGAGAGUCGUCGACGCAGACGUCGAAGAACCCUCAGGGCUGGUUCCCAGCACCUACAUCGAGCCGGCAAAGGUGAUAGGUCAUGCUACAGCCUUGUACGACUAUGAUAAACAGACAGAAGAAGAGCUUUCUUUCACUGAAGGAACCCAAUUCGACGUUUACGAUACGUCUGAUCAAAACUGGACUCUUGUUGGCUCGAAUGGUCAGCAAUUCGGAUUUGUGCCUGCUAAUUACAUAGAGAUGGGACAGACUCAGCAGCCUACCUCUCAAGUGCCACAGGUGUCUUCUUAUGGGUCUAAUAGCGCUCUGAAAGACUUCCCUCCUCCUCCGCAGAAAGCCGACUUACGUCAAGACAGAGCUCCAUCGAUCGAAUCUCCUGCUCCACAGAUGCCUGUCAGACCAAAUCUCACCGGGUCUGCGCCUUCUCCAGACGAGGAAGCGCCUCCUCCAAUGCCUUCCAGACCGAGAAGCAGCACCGUUAAUUCCAGAAGAAGCGUGGUUUCCGAUACCUAUGCGGAGUCUCGGUAUUCGGAUGGUGCGCCGACCACUCAGGAGAACGAUGCAUUCGUGAAGGACGACUUUUUCACCUGGACGGUUUAUGAAAUUGACGGUAGGAAGAAAAAGAAGGCCACGUUUGCAAUUGGCAACUCGUCGAUUUUUAUCACCCCUAGUGGAUCAUCGGAUUCUAGAGAUUGGAGCAUCAACGAUUUGAUCAAUUACAGCCAUGAGAAGAAACAUGUGUUUCUAGAUUUCAAGAAUCCAAGUGCUUCUUAUGAGUUACAUGCCGGAACGAAAGAUUCCGCCGAGGCCAUUGUGUCAAUCUUGGGCGAUCUCAAGGGCAUGGCCUCUAUGAGUGCCCUGAAAGAUGUCAAGGAGGCAUCAAUUCCCAAUACGAAGAAACAAGGAAAGAUCAUAUACGACUUCGAGGCCGCCUCUCCGGAUGAGCUUACUUGUUUUGAGGGUGACACCGUCAACAUUAUCAACGACAAAAAGAGCAAGGACUGGUGGAUGGUGCAGAACGCAGAAACCGGAGAACAAGGCGUGGUCCCUUCAAACUAUGUCAAGGUUAUCAGUCCAAGCUCUGGAUCUGCUGCGGCAGCUGGUCUGAGGUCUCUUUUUUCCAGAAAAGGCUCCUCCUCGUCUUUGAGUCCUAAGAAGAAACGUGCUGAGAAGGAGAGGAAAAAGGAGGCAGAAAGAGAAUUGGCUAUUGAAAGAGAGGAAUUGGAAAGACAGAGACGCCGCCAACAACGCAAAGAGAGGGAGCUUAGAGACCGUUCUGAAAGAGAGAGAAUCAGAAAAGCGGACGAAAGGGAAAGAGAAAAAAGAGCCAAAUCCGGGUCUAAGCACAAGGACUCCUCAAAGCCCAAUCCUUACCGUGUUCGUACUUGGAUCGACAGAUCUGGUGCGUUCAAGGUUGAGGCCGAAUUUCUGGGAUGUUCUGAUGGUAAGAUCCAUUUGCAUAAAGUGAAUGGUGUCAAGAUCGCUGUUGCUGCUCAGAAGUUGUCUGUUGAGGACUUGGAGUUUGUGGAAAGAAUUACAGGUAUGUCCCUGGAGUCUUACAAGGACAAAAAGCCAUCACCUCCUCAACGAUCAGAGCCUGCUCCAGCUGUGACUGCAGCUCCAGAAAAACCUAAGAGCUCAGCAAUACCUUUCAAUGAAAAAUUGUAUGAAUUUUGGUUCGACUUCUUUGUCACUUGUGGCGUGGACGCAAACGUCUGUGAUAAGUAUGCGAGAAAUUUCACUACAGAGCAGAUGGACGAGGCCAUCAUGGCAGACAUCGAUGCUCCUUUGAUGAGGACACUUGGACUUAAAGAAGGAGACAUCUUGAGAGUUAACAAGUAUUUGGAUAAUAAGUUCAACCGCAAGCCAGAGCCUCUCUCGACUCAGCCAACUAAUGGCGGCCUUUUCAGUACCAAUGACGGCUCGUUGAAGACUAACAAGGCAAAUGCAUCGACAGACUCUGUAAACGGCCAAAAUCUGAAGCAGCAAUUUGAGGACGACGCCUGGUCGCUGAAACCCGCUGCUAAGACGGGCGAAUCCAAGACUGUGACGCCACAGCUCACCGGGUCGAUCCAGGACUUAGUCAACAUCAAGCCAAUGGAACCAACGAAGAGUGGCGUUACCGACUCUUCAUCUUCAGGUCCUGCGCCUCAAAAGCCUGCUUCGACAGGUUCGACCAGCACCCUUCCAACUGUUACUCCUCAGAAGACUUCUGGCACUCUGAACCCACAACUGACAGCCAUGCAGACAGGCGCCUUGAUGGCAAUGCCUACAGGUUUCAUGCCUAUUACCAUGGUUCCUAUGCUUACAGGACAACCCACAGGCUUGAUACCUUUGCAACCAACAGGAAAGAUCAUUCCACCCACUACUUUUGCUCAAAAGACCGGAGGCGCCAUGCCAGCCACUACCUUUGCUCAAAAGACAGGUGGUUUCAUGCCUGUGACCACUUUCGGUUCUCUUGCUCAGCCUCAGCCCACGGGAGGUUUGGUGCCUCUGCAGCCAACGGGUCUGGUGAUUAACAAGACAGGAGGAAUGCAAAGAACUGGAGGUAAUCUGGUGCCUUUGCAGACCAGCUUCCCGGCUAUGCAGGCUACUAUGAGAACUGGCGGUUUGAUGGGUCAACCAACAGGUGCUUUUGGCCAGCAGACGCUCAUGCCAAGCGGUGUGAUGGGACAGCAGACCGGGUUUCAGAAUGGUGGCUUGAGCCAACCAGCUGGUUUCCAAUCCGGAUAUCAGCCAGGUUUCCAACCAGGCUUCCAACCAGGCUUUCAACCAAGCUUGCAAACCGGUCUUCAGACUGGAACAUUGCCUACACAGCCUGCCGGAUUGCAAAAUGGGCUGACCGGUCAACGUACUGGCUUUGUUCCUCAGAGCCAAUUCGGCAUGAACCAACUCAGCAACAUGUUUGCGCAAACUUCGCUCGGUGGCCCAACAGGUACGAAUUACAUGAACACGGGCCUGAAUAUGAACGGUAUGAAUGCUGGAUUCAACACCAUGUCCAACCCAGCUGCGAACUUCAGCACGGGCAUGAAUAUGAAUGGCAUGGGCCAGCUCCCACCAACCAGCUUCAAUUCUUCGUUCAAUGAGCCUUUAACGUCGCAGCCAACUGGAGUGGGCUUUGGCAAUGCCCCUUCCACAUCUUUUGGGCUGCAAAGUCAACCUACUGGCAAAAGAGCCAAUUUGGCUAAUGCUACCGCAGAUAAUCCGUUUGGAUUUUAAAAGUUCUAUAAGUACAAUUAGUCAAUUCGUAUACACUUCAAAGCCGAAAUAAAUAGAGAAAAUUCAAGCUGGUGGAUAUUUAAAAGGAUCAGUGUUUGACUGAGGCGGCCGCAGCAGCAGCUGCCACAGCGGCUGCUGUGGCCUCAGAGUCGUCGGUCAACCCUUCGUCUUUGGACUGCACGUCAUUUCCAUCUGGGAGGAACUCGAUAGGUUCUCCGUUGGCGUUGAACAGGUGAUUAGGAAGCGACCCGUAAAGCCAGAAUAAACCUUUGUUUUUCUUGAUCCGGUAAUUCUCCAGCAGCCGAACAACAUCUUCUUCCGUGACGCCAGGGUUCCGUUUAGCCUCACUCUCAAUGAAUUCGAUCACCUUCUUUCUUCUCUGAGCACUUUUGGCAAUCCUUCCACGUCUCCACCUAGUACCGUACCUUCUUUCGAGCGAUUUCAACGGUUCCUGAUUUCUGUAGCCUAUAUUCCACUCCUCCCAAAGAUCCUGGACGGAUUUUGCUCUAGAAUUGAGAUCGACCUCGGGCAAGUUGGCGUCGUUCGAGUACGACUUCCCUGAAUGGUCCAGCUCGUCAUCUUGCAAAGAUUCUGACAUGGUCUUUUGUUUUUUGACGGCACCGAGAGAAUCCUGCUCUAAUCCAUGUUUCGGAAGACCGUUCUGUGCCUGCUGUGCGACCUGGAACAUCAUCAGUCUUGCAUCAAUAUCUUUCGCCGAUAUCUUUGAAUCACCUCCAUUUUGUUGUUGGUUGGACUCGUACGUAUCUGAGAGCGUGGCAGCAAGAGUUGCAAUGGAGCCAGCCUUAUUCCUCAGCUCUGCCAAAGAGUUUGAAAUGGAGUCGAAUGAGGUGGCAAUCGAUUCCGACAAAUCUUUGAGUUGGGUCAAGAAAAGUGUGUUGAGGUGUUCCGACGUGUUAGGCACGUUGGGCUGCGCAAUCCUUUCGUCUUCAUUCGACAUUGUUUGUUUAUGUUUUCAGUAGUCCCGUCGAUAGUCGAAUUGAAGAAAUAAUACCAGUUGAUGGUAGCGUGUUGAAACAAGUUUGUUUGUGACUGCUUUGCAAGCUAUAACGAUGAUGACAAACAGCUA